AUGAACUACCUACGACGUCGCCUGUCGGACAGCAAUUUCAUGGCCAAUCUGCCAAAUGGGUACAUGACAGACCUUCAGCGCCCACAGCCGCCUCCGCCACCUGCUGUCCCCAGCCCUGGGGUCACACCAAGCCCUGCGAUCAGCACUGCUGAGAGGGCUUCCUCAGCAGCCCCUGUGGCCUCUGCAGCUGCCCCUAGCCCUGGGUCCUCGGGAGGUGGUGGCUUCUUCUCAUCACUGUCUAACGCAGUCAAGCAGACCACAGCUGCUGCGGCUGCCACCUUUAGCGAGCAGGUGGGCGGUGGCUCUGGGAGUGCAGGCCGCGGGAGCGCCGCUGCCCGGGUGCUGCUGGUCAUCGACGAACCGCACACAGACUGGGCAAAAUACUUCAAAGGGAAAAAGAUCCAUGGAGAAAUAGACAUUAAAGUAGAACAGGCUGAAUUCUCCGAUCUUAACCUUGUGGCUCAUGCCAAUGGUGGAUUCUCUGUGGAUAUGGAAGUUCUUCGGAAUGGGGUGAAGGUCAUGCGGUCUCUGAAGCCAGACUUUGUGCUGAUACGCCAGCAUGCCUUCAGCAUGGCAAGGAAUGGAGACUACCGCAGUUUGGUCAUCGGGUUGCAGUAUGCAGGAAUCCCCAGUGUUAACUCUUUACAUUCCAUCUACAAUUUCUGUGACAAGCCUUGGGUGUUUGCUCAGAUGGUUCGCCUGCACAAGAAACUGGGGACAGAAGAAUUUCCCCUAAUUGAUCAGACCUUCUACCCUAAUUAUAAAGAAAUGCUUAGCAGCACAACAUACCCUGUGGUUGUCAAGAUGGGGCAUGCACACUCUGGGAUGGGCAAGGUUAAGGUAGACAACCAGCACGAUUUCCAGGACAUUGCAAGUGUUGUGGCACUGACCAAGACAUAUGCCACCGCUGAGCCCUUCAUUGAUGCCAAAUACGAUGUACGUGUCCAGAAGAUUGGGCAGAACUACAAGGCCUACAUGAGAACAUCUGUGUCAGGGAACUGGAAAACCAACACUGGUUCUGCAAUGCUUGAGCAGAUCGCCAUGUCUGACAGAUACAAACUGUGGGUGGACACAUGCUCAGAAAUCUUCGGGGGACUGGACAUCUGUGCAGUGGAAGCACUGCAUGGCAAGGAUGGGAGAGACCACAUCAUUGAGGUGGUGGGCUCCUCCAUGCCACUCAUUGGAGACCACCAGGAUGAAGACAAACAGCUCAUCGUAGAGCUUGUUGUCAAUAAGAUGGCCCAGGCUCUGCCCAGGCAGCGGGAUGCCUCCCCGGGCAGGGGCUCGCACAGCCAGAUGCCAUCCCCCGGGGCCUUGCCUGUGGGUCGUCAGACCUCUCAGCAGCCUGCUGGGCCCCCAGCUCAACAAAGACCUGCACCACAGGGUGGCCCUCCACAGCCAGGCCAAAGCUCCCAACGCCAGGGAGUUCCAUUGCAACAGCGUCCAUCCCCACAAGGCCAGCAGCACCUUUCAGGCCUUGGACCCCCAGCUGGCAGUCCCCUGCCCCAGCGUCUACCAAGUCCCACAUCAACAUCCCAGCAGCCUGUGCCCCAGGGCCCACCACUGACCCAGAGUCAAGGUCGCCAGUCCCGUCCAGUAACUGGAGGAACUGGGGCACCUCCAACAAUCCGCCCACCUGCCUCUCCAUCACCCCAGCGCCAGGCAGCACCCCCACCGGCUACUCGUCAGACAUCUGUUUCUGGUCCAGCUCCACCAAAGGCCUCAGGGGCCACACAGGGUGGGCAGCAGCGCCAGGGACCACCCCAAAAACCCCCAGGCCCUGCUGGCCCUACCCGCCAGGCCAGCCAGGCAGGUCCUGUACCCCGUACUGGGCCACCCACCACACAGCAGCCUCGGUCCAGUGGUCCUGGCCCUGCAGGACGCCCCACCAAACCACAGCUGGCCCAGAAACCCAGCCAAGACAUGCCAUCACCUGCCACUGCUGCUGCCGGGGGACCCUCACACCCUCAGCUCAACAAGUCCCAGUCUCUGACCAAUGCCUUCAACCUUCCAGAGCCAGUCCCGCCCAGGCCCAGCCUUAGCCAGGAUGAGGUGAAAGCUGAGACGAUCCGCAGCCUGAGGAAGUCUUUCGCCAGCCUUUUCUCCGACUGA